GUGCAUUGCAGUAGCAAUGUAAGUGUUUUUUUUGUCAGUUUUAUGAAACAUUUCGUCAAAGAAAAAACGAAUUGAGUGAUACCUGCCUCUACAUUAAGGCGCAGCGGUUCGCUGUAACAGAACUCCAGCAUGGAUAUCCCCAAUCCCCCCGAAGAUCAAGAGCUGAAGAAUGUGAUUGACAAACUGGCACAGUUUGUUGCUCGAAAUGGGCCAGAGUUUGAAAAGAUGACAAUGGAGAAACAGAAGGAAAACCCUAAGUUCUCCUUUCUCUUUGGGGGAGAAUACUUCGGCUACUACAAGUGCAAGCUUGCUAUGGAGCAACAGCAGCAUCCCUCUACCCACGAUGGGGAGGAGUAUAAAUCUGAAGAUAUGUACAACCCAGGUGCCAAAGAUGUGGUUGAUAUGCCUCCUCCACCGAUGCCCAUGAUUGCUCCACCUUCGAUUCCUCCACCUGCUGCACCCCCUAUCGAUGAACUCAUCCAACAGAGCCAGUGGAACCUGCAACAGCAGGAGCAGCAUCUGCACACACUCAGACAGGAACAAGUGACUGCAGCCAUUGCUUUGGCUAUGGAGCAGCAGACCCAAAAACUGCUGCUGGAAACUCAGUUGGACAUCACAGAGUUUGACAACUUGCUGCAGCCCAUCAUAGAUACCUGCACCAAAGAUGCCAUUUCUGCCGGCAAGAACUGGAUGUUCAACAAUGCCAAGACUCCACAGCACUGUGAACUGAUGACAUCGCAUCUUCGCAAUCGCAUCACUGCAGAUGGAGCACAUUUUGAGCUCCGCCUACACCUUAUCUAUUUAACCAAUGACGUUCUCCAUCACUGCCAGCGGAAACAGCAGAAAGAUUUGUUAGCUGCGCUGCAGAAAGUUGUUGUUCCAAUCUACAGCACCAGCUUUCUGGCUGUUGAGGAAGAGAAGCAGCAGAAGAUCACCAGGUUGUUGCAGCUUUGGGAAAAGAACGGCUACUUUGAUGAGGAGACCAUUCAGCAGCUCCAGAAUCCCGCUCUGGGCCUUGGCCAGUAUCAGGCAUCCCUGAUUACAGAGUAUGCUGCGGUGGUGCAGCCAAUUCAGCUGGCCUUCCAGCAGCAGAUCCAGGCUUUGAAGACCCAGCAUGAGGAGUUUGUUUCCAGUCUGAAGCAGCCACAGCCACAGCCGCAGCCCCAGCCGACCCCUGUAGGACAGCUUGCUACCCCGACUGAACCUGAAAAGGCCCCCUCAAUAACUCCCAAGUCUGGAGAUGUGAAGCCUCCUAUGUCGGGUCCUUCUCCAGGAGAAUUUGAUGGAGCUUCAUCCAGACCACAGGACCCCAGCAACCCUAGUGGACCCCCAGAUAUCCCCUCAAACAAGCCGGCAUGGUAUGACCCCCAGCACAUGGGCCCCUGGAACCCCAACCAGCCGCCUCCUUUUGACCCAAACCAGCCUCCCCCUCCUUGCCCUCCUUGGAACAGCCAUGAGGGGAUGUGGAAUGACCAGAGGGACCCAGGGAACUGGAGUGGAGGUCCUCCUCGAGAAGGAAGCCCCUGGAGUGGUCCAAGUGGGUCUGACCCAGGUCCCCCAUCUUGGAACUCAUAUGAUCAGCAGCCGCCUUGGGGGAACCAGCCUGACCAGCCUCCUUGGGGUCAGAGGGAGCCCCCAUUUCCUCCACGCAUGCAGAGACCUCCCCAUUUCAGAGGACCCUUCCCUCCCCACCAGCAGCCGCCUCCUUUUAACCAGCCCCCACCACCACCACACAGUUUUGGACGCUUCCCUCCACGCUUCAUGCAGGAGGAGUUUGCCCCCAGACACCACUAUGAUAGACCGCCAUAUACCCCACAUCGCUUUGACUAUGCUCAGGGGGAAUAUCCUGGAGACAUGCCAGGCCCUCCCCCCCACCACCAUCCCAAUCAGAGGUUACCUCCACCAGGUAUGGGCGCCGAUCAUCCUCCCUGGGGUGGAGGCCAGCACCCAGAUUUUGGACCACCCCCACAUGGCUUCAAUGGUCAUUCACCGCACAUGCGCCAUCGACAGCAUCCGGUUCAAGAUGACCCCAGUCUGGUGCCCAAUGUGCCCUACUUUGACCUGCCAGCUGGUCUAAUGGCUCCGCUUGUGAAACUUGAAGAUUGUGAUUAUAAACCUCUGGACCCUAAGGACAUCCGGCUGCCUCCUCCCAUGCCACCGAGCGAUCGGCUGCUAGCUGCUGUGGAAGCUUUCUACAGCCCUCCAUCCCAUGAUCGGCCUAGGAACAGUGAAGGCUGGGAGCAGAAUGGCCUAUAUGAGUUCUUCAGGGCCAAGAUGAGAGCCAGGAGGAAAAAGGGACAGGAGAAACGAAACAGUGGUCGUGCAGGCAGUCGCUCCAGGAGUCACUCUCGUAGCCGAGGGAGAUCUUCGUCUCGCUCCAGCUCUCGCUCUUCAAAGUCCUCCAGGUCACGGUCCCGCUCAUCUCGCUCCCACUCCCGCAGCCGCUCCCGCUCCUACUCACGAUCCAGGUCCAGGAGUCGAUCCAGGUCAUCUCGGAGUCGCUCUCGCUCCAGGUCCAGAUCCCGCUCACAUUCACCCACCAAGCGACGCCGUGGCCCCAAAUCCCGAAGCUCCUCUCCUACCUCCACAGCAGUGUUGGGCACUCCUUCCUCCAAACUGUCUACAGACACCAGGUUAGGAGAGGAAAACAAGGGCCAUCAGCUACUAAUGAAAAUGGGCUGGAGUGGUUCAGGAGGUUUGGGGGCGAAAGAACAGGGUAUCCAAGACCCCAUCAAAGGAGGAGAUGUCAGGGAUAAAUGGGACCAGUACAAAGGCGUGGGGGUUUCACUGGACGACCCUUAUGAGAACUAUCGCAGGAACAAGAGCUACAAUUUUGUUGCCCGUAUGAAGGCAAGAGAGGAAGUAAAUCGGGAAUCCCAGGAAGCUCCCUCAACUGACUGAUGUCAUCAAAUGGUGUUGAACAACUCCCUCAUCUUCCCGAUCACCACUUUCACCAAGGAUUAGAAUUUAAGUAUUUUUCAUCCAGGAUUUUUGUCACUAGUCCCAAAUCCUUCCUCUUUUCUCAGAGAUCAGAGUGAUGAUAAGAAAGUACUGCCACACUAGUAAAGCCUGUGAAAGAGUGCAAAGACUUCUUGUUCCUUUUUUGGAAAAGUUUGUCGUUUGGAGUGGUCAGCACUAAUACUGGUAACACAGAACUCAAACAUUUUGUAGUUUUUGCAGGGACACUGGAUCUAGGGUCAAAUCAAAAAAGAUGGAUCAAAGCACUCACAUCACAUUUCAGUCCCGGUGUCUUUUUUAUUUUUGUUUUUUUUAAUUUUGUAUCAGUCUUCAAACGGACUGUCAUGCCUUUGUUGUAUAGGCUGAUAAUAAGGGACUCAGUCAGACUGUACAUUAACAUUUAUGGUAGCUGCAGAAGUGAAUGCUGAGUAUGACAGGAGUGCUUUUGAAAGUGAGUGGACCCUUUUUAAUUAAUAUAUACAUGUCAACAGCUAAAGUAUGUUCAGUUAUUUUAAUUUGGGCCUUACAGUUGUUUUCAUUCUUCUGCUUCAUGACGUCUCCAACAAAUGCUGUCAGUUUUAUUUGCAGAAGAUUUUUAAAAUAAUUCCUGUGAAAGCCAGGAAUUAUGCCUUCUUACUCACCCACACAUAUUGUUAGGAAAGAAUUUUGUGUUGGUUGUAAACGUAGCCCCAAUCAAAACUGCUCACUGUGGGCACGUCACAAGUCUCAUUGGUGGAAAGCUCAAAGGUUCUGCAAGAUGUUUAUGUGGCUAGAUAUCACUAGGAGUAAGUAGAAAUGUUUUGUUUUGCUGAAGUGAGCCUUUAGGGCAAAAACAAGAAUUAAAUUGGUGGCUCCUCUUUUGAAUCUUUUUGGUUUUUAAAUGCACAUUGUUGUGACAAUUUUUCAUGUAAUGACUUCUCCUAAGACAUGACAUUCUAUCAUUUAGUUGUAUUAAAAUAAAACCCUCAAAGGUCA